AUGGCCAUGUGGUGGUUGUUUUGGCUGACAUCCUGCAGCCUCCUAAUGAGGAUCGAUGCGACUCUUUAUGACGACGAAUACGACCCAUAUACAAGGACAUACGACUAUGCAUCAUCUGAGAGUCGAACCUGCACAUCGUCUGAGUUCAGAUGCAAGACCGGCCGCUGCGUGCCGAUGUCGUGGCGAUGCGACAACGAAAAGGAUUGUUCAGAUGGAUCAGACGAAGAACCUGGAACUUGCAAGGUGGAGUCAUGCGGCCCAGAGGAAUUCACAUGCAGAGGAAAACGUGGAGAAUGCGUCCCAUUGACUUGGAUGUGUGACGAUAACGUUGAUUGCUCAGAUGGUUCAGACGAGAAAGCAUGCAAUGAAACUUGCCGGUCCGAUGAGUUUACAUGUGGGAAUGGUAAAUGUAUACAACAAAGAUGGGUUUGUGAUGGUGAUGACGACUGUGGUGAUGGAAGCGAUGAGGUGAAGUGUCCAGCACCGACCUGCCAACCUCACAGCCACUUCUCCUGUGCUGAUGGACAUUGUGUCACAGCUAGAUGGCGCUGCGACGGCGACAUUGAUUGCCCUGAUGGUAGUGAUGAAAUGGGUUGCGCCACUACACCAAAAAUAACAUCGCCGUGUAUUGCCACUGAGUUUGAAUGUCGUGAUCGCAUCACAUGUGUUCACCGAGCUUGGGUCUGCGAUGGUGAUAAGGAUUGUGCUGACGGAGGUGAUGAAGCUCCUGAACUCUGCCGCGGGAACGUCACUUGCAGACUUGACCAAUUCACAUGCAAAGACCACAGCUGCAUACCAGGAGCACUGUAUUGCAACGGAGACAAAGACUGCCCGGACGGCAGCGAUGAAGUUAACUGCACUAAACCGAAACACGUGUGCGACAAAAGGACAGAAUUCGACUGUGGCGGCGGUAUGUGCAUACCCUUAUCUAAGGUCUGCGACAAACGACCGGACUGUCCCAACUUUGAAGACGAACCUCGUGACAGAUGUGGGGAAGAUGAAUGUGCUGUAAACAAUGGAGGUUGUACACAAAAGUGUGUGGACACCCCAGUGGGGUACUACUGCGACUGUGAGAAAGGAUACAAACUAUCUGAUAACAGGACUUGCGAAGACAUCGACGAAUGUUUGGAUCCGGGCGCGUGUUCCCAGAUAUGCACCAAUGAGAAAGGCACCUUCAAAUGCGAGUGUCACCCCGGCUACGCGAGGGACCCUCGUGAUAGGACCCGCUGUAAGGCUACCGAGGGUCAUCCUUCACUGUUGUUCGCGAGGCGUUUUGACAUCAGGAAGAUCAGCUUGGACCAUCAUGAGAUGGUCGCUAUAGUCAACGACACCAAGUCAGCCACAGCCCUGGACUACGUCUUCAGAACUGGAAUGAUCUUUUGGAGUGACGUCAUCGAUGAGAAAAUUUACAAAGCUCCAAUAGACGAAGGUAGCCAACGCACAGUGGUGAUAGGAGAUCAGCUGAUCACGUCCGAUGGUCUAGCAGUCGACUGGAUCUACAACCACUUAUACUGGACCGACACUGGCAAGAACCAUAUCGAACUGGCCGACCUUCAAGGAAACAUGAGGAAGAUACUCAUCAGAGACAAGCUCGAAGAACCGAGAGCCAUAGCUCUUAAUCCACUGGACGGUUGGAUGUAUUGGACUGACUGGGGCCAGGUGCCUAAGAUCGAGCGCGCUGGUAUGGAUGGAUCACACAGACAGACCAUAGUAUCCUAUGACGUCAAAUGGCCCAACGGUCUCACUCUAGACCUCGUCCGAAAACGCGUAUACUGGGUUGAUGCGAAGGUGAACACAAUAUCGUCAUGUAACUACGACGGCUCGGGUCGGCGCGUGGUGUUGUACUCCAGCGAGGUGCUCCGCCAUCCCUUCAGCAUCACCACCUUCGAAGACUGGGUCUACUGGACCGACUGGGACAAGACCGCGGUCUACCGCGCCAACAAGUUCAACGGAAAGGAUAUUGAAGCUAUCACUUCGACUCAUACGCUUCAAAACCCGAUGGUGAUCCACGUGUAUCAUCCGUACCGUCAGCCCGAUGGUGUGAACUACUGCGCCGCCGUCAACGGUCACUGUUCCCACCUUUGUCUCCCAGCUCCUAAGAUCGGUUCCAAUUCUCCACGAGUCUCCUGCGCCUGCCCCAACGGCCUCCGAUUACUUCCAGACAACCAGAUGUGCGUCGAGGACAAUUCAGUAAGACCUGAUGUGGAGGUGCAUAAACCAAGUAAUGAUUCAAAGAAACUUAAUAUAAUUGAGGAAAAUUCUAAGCCAAGGCCAACACAUAUGGUUAAUUUUAGAAGAGAAGGGCUAGGCCUUCUCUUUAAGCUGGGGCGUGCUCUCGCUAACUCGGAAGACGCUCCGGAGGAACCCGAACAAACAAAACCCACGGUCGAUCCUGAAGCUGAGCCAAUGAAGGCUUACUGGGAGAGCGAUAAAGAGGAACUGGAAAACAAACACCAACCGUUCAUAGAUCUUUUCCUCAAAGACGCGGCUCUUGACAGGAUACCGGACACUACGGAAAAACCAAUCCAAGAAUCUCAUUACAGUUACGAAAGAUUGAGUCUUGUUUAUUUGCCUGACGCUCUCAAAAACUUUAAUGUUAAGGGUGUGCCUGAAACUCCUAAAGUAGGUUCUGGAAUCUCAAACGGCGGUCGGGACGCGAGCGUGGUGGCCGGCAUCGUUGUAUCUGUAAUCUCAGGAAUAAUUAUACUAGCUGCUUUGAUCGCGGUUGUGAUGUACCGGCAUUACGUCCAUCGUAAUGUCACAUCAAUGAACUUCGACAAUCCGGUCUACCGCAAAACGACUGAGAAUCAAUUCUCAUUGGAACAAAAUGGCUACGCUCCGGGCGGCAAAUUGUAUCCCAGCACCGUCGGCGAAGAGGUGAGGGCGCUAGUUGCUAUGGAAUGUACUCUCAACAUACAGAACAGUCUCAGAUAA